UGUUCACAGACGUUUCAAAGCCAGAUGCAGUCGCCAGAGCUUCAAGACGGCGUCAAGCGGCCAUGCACCGUAGCACCAAGUGUCUUGCCCCCCGAGGUGUUGGAGACCAUCGCGGGCUACAUCUCGUGCCCGACAGCGUUCAUGGCGCUGCUCGCCAGCAUCCCGCGCGCCGCGUGGACACCACGACUGCAAUGUUUAUACACGUUGACGACUGUCGCCGGCGUUCGCGUGCGCUGGCCGACGAUUUAUCUGGAUGACGUGGCACUCCCAGAAGCAACGUGGCGCAUGCUACAAAGCGCUUUGUCGCUUCGCGUAGAAAUUGCACUGGAAGGCAUCGCGUGCAGUGCCGAUUUACUUACCGCAACCAACCGGCUCGGCAAACAAAGUAUUUCGCGCGUUCAACUCCGUCUGACGAAGCUGGCAAUGCCCGAGUGCGAGGCGCUGCGCGAUGCACUCCUCGGUUGCACGGCGGUGAAGGCUCUGGAGAUUGAGAUUGCGACCGACGUGUCCCGACACCGCCCUGCACUCGACGCGCUUUUGACUGCCAUUUGUCAUCCUCACCUGGCGGUGUUUGAGCUUCGACUUUGCAGUGCGCGCGGCCCGCACCGCUUGCAUGCAACCUUUGCCCGCUACUUGGCGGAGUGGCUGCGCUUCGGGCGUGCCACGAGCCUGCACCUAAACGACAUCGACCUCGAUUUGAGCGUCGAUCCGACACUCGGUCCCGCGCUUGCGCUUGCGUUUCGACAAAGCCCGUCGCUCGCCGAGGUGUCGCUUACGCGCGUUGGCUUUUUCCAGCACUGUCUUUACGAGACGCACGUUGGCCUGUCGUGGCCACGCCGGCUACGGGCGCUCUCCAUCCAAUAGCAAGAAGCAGCGAAAAGCCGCAUAUAUUGGAAGUAUGCACUAGAUUGCACCAAUAGAGCAAUAUCAUAUCGCACAACGAUGUGAGCUGACAAGACUGUAUGAAACCCACUGCUCAACCCGGUGGCGUCGCUCACUCGAAAUACGAACUCCUAAAUAGCGUAAAUCGAAGGAAUUAUCAAAAG